GGCGGGGCAGGGCCCGGCGUCCAGCGACCGCUGCCUGGACAGCCAGUGACUUCCUUGUUGUGGGUCUCGGCCAGGUCGUGUCCCGAGUCGUAGCCCCGCGGUGCUUACUCGGACCGCUUUUGCGAGUCUAGGUCCAAGCUACUACCAUGCCCAACCCCGGCAGUACCUCCUCUCCCGGCUCAAUCCCUGAGGAAAUUAGGAACCUGUUGGCAGAUGUUGAAACAUUUGUGGCAGACACACUGAAAGGGGAAAAUUUAUCCAAGAAAGCUAAGGAAAAGAGAGACUCUCUCAUUAAGAAGAUAAAAGAUGUAAAGUCUGUCUAUCCUCAGGAAUUUCAAGACAAAGGUGAUGCCGAGGAGGGGGAUGAAUAUGAUGAUCCUUUUGCUGGGCCUCCAGACACGAUUUCCUUAGCCUCAGAGCGCUAUGACAAAGAUGACGAUGGCCCCUCUGAUGGAAACCAGUUUCCUCCCAUUGCAGCCCAGGACCUUUCUUUUGUCAUAAAGGCUGGUUACCUGGAAAAACGCAGAAAAGAUCACAGCUUUCUGGGGUUUGAAUGGCAGAAACGGUGGUGUGCUCUCAGCAAAACAGUGUUCUAUUAUUACGGGAGUGAUAAAGACAAACAACAGAAAGGUGAAUUUGCAAUAGAGGGCUAUGACGUCAGAAUGAACAACACCCUUAGGAAGGAUGCAAAGAAAGAUUGCUGUUUCGAAAUCUGUGCUCCUGAUAAACGUAUCUAUCAGUUUACAGCAGCCUCUCCCAAAGAUGCUGAGGAAUGGGUCCAGCAGCUGAAAUUCAUAUUACAAGACAUGGGAUCCGAUGUUAUUCCCGAGGAUGAAGAUGAAAAAGGGGACUUAUAUGAUGAUGUUGAUCACCCUGUUCCGGUCAGCAGCCCGCAAAGGAGCCAACCAAUAGAUGAUGAAAUUUAUGAGGAACUUCCAGAGGAGGAAGAGGACACCGCUUCAGUGAAGAUGGACGAACAAGGGAAGGGGAGUCGGGACAGUGUACAGCACCCCUCAGGAGAUAAAAGCACCGAUUAUGCUAAUUUUUACCAGGGCUUGUGGGACUGCACUGGAUCUCUUUCUGAUGAGUUGUCCUUUAAGCGUGGUGAUGUGAUUUACAUUCUUAGCAAGGAAUACAAUAGAUAUGGCUGGUGGGUAGGAGAAAUGCAGGGAGCCAUUGGCUUGGUGCCUAAAGCCUACCUAAUGGAGAUGUAUGAUAUUUGAGAGUCUGGGAGAAAUAAAUCAACAUUUCUACUGAAGAAAACAAAACUUAAAUGUAGCUUUCCCCUUUUGCCGGCACAGAAGUCUGUCCAUCUGCAAGCGCUUUGGAAAACUGACUGCCCAGAGCCACCUUCCUUUGGGAGACCUUCCUGCCUCAGCUGUCGUCCUGUGUCGUCAUUCACUAAAGCUCCUGACAUCAGAUUAAACAAGCAGUGAUGGGUUACAUUAGAGACAAACCGCAGAGAUAAGGCCUGUUGCUGUUUCGCAGAUAAUAAUGAGUUUUAAUUAACCCACUGGUUUGUAUGGGGAAUUCAUUGUGAUUGUAUCUGAAUCUUAGUCAUUGAAGCCGCCACUGAAGGUUGCUGUUUCUCGUAGUCACUGGGUUACUUUUAGAGUGCCGCAUAUAAUUUCCUAAACUUUGUACAUUUUGAGUCAAUAAUAAAGACUUCUUUAAAGCUGUAUAGAUGACUUAGCUCGGUACUUUAUUCUUCCUAGAGUAAUAACAUGUUUUCAUUAAAGAAGUUGUACGGACUCACAGGUUUACCUACUGCUAGGUAAGAAAGAGAAAACAAUCGCUUGCAUUACGGAUAGAGGGAUGGUGGCAGCCUGCUGUCAGCCCCUGCACAGAGCAAACCAGAGCUGGGUUUCCGAAAGCAUUUGGGUAUCCUAAUUUGAUGAUGAGCUUGUCAGUGUUUCCUAAUGUAAUUUUAUUUAAAUUUAAUGAAAUCAAAGAUUCAUAAGAAACCCCAUUUUACCACUAAUACAAUGGUAUAAACAACUUGAGCAUGUUUUCAGAGUCCGAGGGCGCGCCAGGUACUCUGAGCGCUCUGACUCUUCCUGGCCGCACUGUCGCAGUCCCGGCCUAACAGCAGCCCUGGCGGAAGUUCCUGUGAGGUCUCUGAACCAAACUGAAAAGAAUGGUAACGGGUCCCAGCAGGGGAAGGGAAGCGAAGGCCGACCUGCUGUCUGAUACUACUUGUUGCUGCAAGGGUAAGGUUUGCAGAAUCCUGACAGUGGUCUUUCAAUUAAUGUUAAAGUCAGAGCAUUCCCAAUCACCUCUAGAGACGCCACGAUAGCCUUACUCUGUAUUAAACGCACUAGUGACUAGAUAUUUUGGAGUAAAUGGAAUCUACUCUUGAAUCAUCUUUAGCAGGCCCUCACUUAAGCUUAACUUUUCAGGUGGGAAUGAAAAUAGGCCAAUAAUAUUUUUUAAUUCUGCACUAUUUACAGGCAAUAGUAAAGAGUGUUUAUUUUACUGUGUCAUAUUAUACAUACUGUGAUCCCUCAUUUUCCAAAGUAAAAGAAAAAACAAAUCUUAAGUUGACCCGGGUAGACAUAGUCCGAGUUUUCAGAAACUGCAUUUGUACGGUUACCCAUUUCCUACUAAAGUGUCAUCUAAAUAGGUUGAAAUCAUCUUGGCAAAAUUUGGCAGACAGAAAUGAAUUCAGUGGCCUGCCUUUCAGAGGCCGACCGAGCCGUACGGUGACAGGCAAAGCUGUGGUUACAGGUUUGGUGCCUUUAAGUUAAGGAGCCAGCAGAUGGCAGCAGCUGUCAUCUGCACACGGACACACUUGGGGACCCCCUCCCCCACGCCAGCCGGCCGGGAAGCAGGCUUGUGUCUCCUUUUCCAGUUAAGCCAGGAGAGGGAGUCCUUUGCCAACUGAUGGCCAACGUUUUCAGCACAGAAGCUGCCUCUGUCCACAGCCUCUGGCCUUUGUUCUUUUUUUUUAACUCGAAUACACACGGGAGGGAGAAGAUGGGAACCAAAGGCCUUUAAAUCUGGAAGAGAUGAGAAAAACUGCCGCUCCCCGUGCUGCACGUGUGCCUUUCUGUUCAGUCGGUAAACUCAUCUUUGUGCUGUGAGGAAGUUUCUCUCUACCCUUGACAGUACAUCACAUUCUCCUCAAGAUCAUAAUAACAUCAUUAAUGUGAAUUUAAACAACGCGGCUUGUUAGAAAACAUGCUAAUUGUUAUGUUCUCAUUAUGUUUGCAUAGCUUUUAUUUGUUUUCCUACGAACAGUUAGAGAGCUAAUUUUUCUGAAAGGUGAUUGUGAGUCAUAUUUUAUAUGGCAUUUUGCUUGAUCGUUUGCUCCGCACUGAAUUUGUACUCCGUCGCCAUUAGAUCUUACAAUAAUGUUCCACUCUGCAAAUUUUUAAGGUUCAAAUAAAGUUUAAUUGUUUGCAAA